GAAAUUCCGGUCGAGACUCACGCAACAGCAAACAUCAAGUCCCGUUCUCACCAACGUUGAUGUACUCUUCGCAACGUCACUUUGACUUUUACUGUGCGAUUCAGUUCGAUUGUUUUCUAUUUAUGCGACCGAAUGCCGUUUCAUUUUUUUAAGGUUUUUAAAGGUUGUUGGUGAAAAGUCGGUUGCAAAAAGAGCCUUGAGAUUCCGACGCGUCUGACGAAAACCUGAUUUUAAUCGAAGUUUGGAUGAGAAUUUUAAUUUUAAGCCUUUGCAGACUCGUGCGUUUCUUUCGAGAACCGUUUCGAUAAAAACAAACAAACAAACAAACACAUUUACACUAAAUACUUUGUUCUCUGUUUGCGCAAUUUCCAAUGGAUGACGCACACAUUUAUUUGAAAAUUUUAAUCGUCCCAAUGACAUAAAUCGAUCGUUCAAGUCAAUCAAUCAGUCAUUCGAUCAGUCAAAAUUCGCCGUCGACACAAAACCCUCCCAUCCACAUCCACAUCGAAAUUCUCAGUAUCAUCGUCUUCAUUCGGCAAAAAAUCAAAUAAGAGAAAAAGGAAAUGUCCGCCGGUAUCGGCAUCAACGGGUUCGGCCGCAUCGGUCGUACCGUCUUCCGCAUCUUGAUCGAGAAAGGACUGAGAAUCGGCGCCAUCAACGAUCCCUCCCUCACUCCCAAACAGCUCGCCUAUCUGCUCAAAUACGACUCCGUCCACGGCACGUUCGAGGAGAAGAUCCAAGUCACCGACGACGGUAUCGAAGUCAACUGCAAAAAUGUGACGCUCUGUUCGGAAAAGGAUCCCGACAAGAUUCCUUGGAAGGACUUCAAGGCGGACUAUGUGGUCGACGCAAGCGGCAAAUUCACCAAAGUGAAACAGGCCGGCAAGCACAAAGCCAAAAAGGUCCUAAUCUCGAGUCCUUCCAAAGAUGCCCCCAUGUACGUUUUGGGAGUGAACACAGAGAACUACGACCACAAAGCGAAGGUGGUUUCGAUGGCGUCGUGCACCACCAACGGUUUGGCCCCGCUCUUGAAAGUUUUGCACAAGACUUUUCACGUACAGGAAGGACUAAUGACGACGAUCCACUCGGCGACUCAGUCGCAAAACGUUUUGGACGGAAUCUCACGCAAAAACUGGCGUGUCGGAAGAUGUUCUCUCAACAACAUCAUUCCAACUUCCACAGGAGCUAGCAAAGCGAUAUUUAAGAUUUUCCCGGAACUGGAUGGAAAACUGAUGGGAAUGGCAUUUCGAGUGCCCGUUCCAAACGUGUCUUUGAUCGAUUUGUCCGUCCGAUUGACGAAGAGCUGUAAUUACGAAGACAUAAAAGGAUGCAUGAUGGAAGCGUCGCGGACGGCCAUGAAAGGCAUUCUCGGCUACACGGACGAACAGGUGGUCUCCUCAGAUUUAAUCGGCACGUGCCAUUCGGUCAUUUUCGAUGCCGACGCGAGUUCCAUGUUGAACAACAAGUUCGCCAAAAUAAUCGGAUGGUACGACAACGAAUACGGAUACUCCUGUAGGAUUGUCGAUUUCCUGCUCUUCAUGAUGGAGCAGGACGGUAAACGUAGAUGUUGAAGCUGUAUCAUGUCUCAUAUCUCAUUUUAAUAAAGUCGGACGUUCUCUAAAAAACAAACAAACAAGCAAACAAACACC